UUGUUUCAGGAGCUCACUCCUUGGACAAAUGAAUUUCCAGUAAGCACAGAGUGGGACCUGUGGUAUUAUGAUGCUUCACCACCAGCCCUACCUGAGUUGUGUGAGAAGGAGGCCAUCCGUGUUGUGGCACAUAUCUGUCUUCCAGUCAUGGCCAUCCUGUUCUGCGUGCUGGGAGUUCUGGGCAAUGGGAUUUUGUUGCUGGUUCGUAUCCGUUACCACACCAUCCAGACCAUCGGUGAUGCCCUCCUGUUGCACUUGGCCUUCUCUGACUUGCUUCUGCUCCUGACACUGCCCAUGGGUGUGGCUGCCAUGAUGGGCCGUUGGCACCUGGGCACAGCCACAUGUCAGGGCCUCCAAGGCCUCCAUGCCCUCAACUUCUACAGUGGCUUUCUGUUCCUCACCGGCCUCACUCUAGACCGCUAUGUAGCCAUCGUCCGGGCACCCAUUGCCCACCGCCUACGCCCUGCCACCACUUGUUGGGCCAGACUGGGCUUAGGACUGAUUUGGUUGCUCUCGUCUUCUCUAGCACUGCCACACUUCCUGUAUGCGCGCAUGGAGGACCACGAGGGCUUUCAACUCUGCAGGGUGGCCACUGUUGCUGCUGCCAUUAGCCUGGUCCAGGUGGCCUUGGGCUUCGUGCUCCCGUUUGUCGUCAUGGUAGUUUCCUACAUGGCCAUUGCCCGCACUCUCCUGUCAUCUCCUUGUGCCCAAUCGCAGAGGGCAUUGUGGUUGAUAUUAUCCCUGGUCUUCCUCUUCCUAGCUUUGCAGCUGCCUUAUGCUCUGCUCACCUUACUGGACACUGCUGAUUUGAUGAGCCAACAGGUUUCAAGCUGUAAAGUCAUCUUCCACAGAGACCUCGCUCUCCUCAUCACCAGUGGCUUGGCCUUUGCCCGCUGCUGCCUGAACCCAGUGCUUCACUCCUUCCUAGGUGUGCGCUUCCGUAAGGACCUCCGGCGGUUAAGCAGAGACAUUGGCUGCUUGGGAGAGUGGGGGUGCUGCGGUAAAAAGCCAAGGAGAGCCACUAGGCAAGUAUCGCUCACAACACACCUGGAAGGAAUAUAAGAAGUAUUAUGAGAAGCCAAGACACACCACUCACCACCUGGAAGGACAUUUUGGAGGAGAGGAUUUAUAUUCUGUAGGAAACUUCAGAUACUGUCUGUUUAUUGUUUAUAACCAUAGACCAUCAUAAAAUGUAAAAUGCGUAUAAAAAUACAAAUUGGCUUAAUGUACCAUUUUCAGUCAACCUUCCACAUUUGCUGGGGUUAGGGACAUAGAACUAUUGAUUUUUUUUUUUACCUAAGGGAAUAGCUCUCUAGGAACUUUUGGGUUUUCCAACACAACUUUAUGGUCAACUUCCUCUGGAACUGACCAUAGAAUCACAUUGGAGGACUCAGUUAUUCCCAUAAAAGUAUUCUCUUUAGAAAUCUCUAGGUCAUCCAGCUUGGCUGGAGGAAAUUAACCAUGGUGUUACACUGGCUGACAUAUAUUGUUAGAGAGAACAUUUGGUUGGAGGAAAGUUCUUUCUAGGGAUCUCUAGAUCUGCUAGAGAGAGAACAUUUAAAAUCAAAUCUAUGAAAAAUCAAAUCUGCAAAAGUCAAAAUUGCAAAUGUGGAAAUAUGAUUGUAUAUUUAUCAGAUUCUGACCUCACUUCAAAACCAAAAUUACUAAAAGUAAGAUUUACAGUAAAAUGUUAUAUGUAUCUUGCCCUUUCACAUACUAGAUUAUGGCCUGUGUCUAACACAAUAAAGUUACAGUACCUAGUAUCAAUCCAUGCAACUUCUUGCAUGUGCUGGAAGACUUACGUAAUUUGCCCCACAUUUUUGUCAUCUUUUAAUAAUUAAGCUUCUAUUCAGGUUGAUGUUAUCAACCAUGUUUUCAAGUCUCAAUGUUGGCCUCCUCUGAGGGCCAACAAUGAGACUUAUAUAGUCAUAAUGUAGAGCAAAGGGAGAAGUUGGUUGGUUGAUGGCCAUUACCCAAUGGUCAUUAAAAAAAACUUGAGAGCUUGUUCUUCAGGUUAGGACCAGGGCUUGGGAAUGCCACUAUGACGGAGUGUAACCAAUACACCUCAGAAUAAUGCUACAUAGCCCUAUACUGAAUAUCAGUGUAAUAGAACACUUGACCCUUCCUAUCCAAAGGUUCAACUAUUCAUGGCUUGACAAUACCCCCCUUCAUUCCAAAAAGCAAACCUAGAUUUUGUCAUUUUUAUAAGAGACACAAUUUUACUGUGCCAUUGUGUAUAGUGGGAGCUGAGCAUCCAUGGAUUUUGGUAUUAAAGGGAUUCAUGGAACCAAAGCCCAGCGGAUAUUGGGGCCCCACUGUAUAUGGUUCAAUAGCACUAUGUAACAAAAUUUGGGGGAAAAUUCUAUUCUUGGUUUGAAAGUAUUAUUUUCUGUUUAAUUGUGUGGUACUUACUUUGAAAGUAGUUGUUAUACUCCAGAAACUUAGGUCUUG